AGGCUUGCCGUUGGAGCCGGUUAGGUCAAAGCAUGCUCGCGAGACAAUUGCGGAAGAUGCAAUGUAGAAAACGUACGUCUUCUUACACCAAACUAUAGAGUUGGAGACUACGUAUUACGUAUUAAUGUAAAUCCCUACUAAGGAUCUAAAUCGCUAAACUGAGUGGAGGCGUGAAAUUCUGAAAAGAACGACACGUACGGUCCGUCCGUUUUGCCCUACAAAGGCGCGGAGAGUUUGAUAACAGCGGGCCUGGCUCUAGUGUGGAGGAGGACGGCUUCAGAGGAGGACUACAUGAACCAGUAAAGUCUGUCAUUUCUGCAGCGACAACACCAACAUGAGAAAAGACGUGAGGAUACUGCUCGUGGGGGAACCCAAGGUCGGCAAGACAUCACUGAUUAUGUCUCUGGUCAGUGAGGAGUUCCCUGAUGAGGUUCCGCUGCGGGCUGAGGAGAUCACCAUCCCAGCAGAUGUCACACCUGAGAGGGUGCCCACUCACAUUGUUGAUUAUUCAGAAGCUGAACAGUCAGAGGAACAGCUCUAUCAAGAGAUCUCAAAGGCAAAUGUGAUAUGCAUAGUUUACUCUGUCAAUAAUAAGAAGUCAAUCGAAAAGGUGACAAGUCAUUGGAUUCCUCUUAUAAAUGACAGAACAGACAAAGACAGCAGAGUACCGCUGAUCCUUGUGGGGAACAAGUCUGAUUUGGUUGAACACAGCAGCAUGGAGACCAUCCUACCAAUCAUGAACCAGUAUCAGGAUAUUGAGACCUGUGUGGAGUGCUCAGCCAAAAACCUGAAGAACAUCUCUGAGCUGUUUUAUUACGCUCAGAAAGCUGUGCUUCACCCAACAGGGCCCUUGUACUGCCCAGAGGAGAAAGAGCUGAAGCCUUCUUGCAUUAAAGCCUUAACUAGAAUCUUUAAAGUCUCUGACCUGGACAAUGAUGGCAUUUUAAAUGACAAUGAACUCAAUUUCUUCCAGAGGACAUGUUUCAAUACACCACUGGCACCUCAGGCUCUGGAGGAUGUGAAGAACGUGGUUAGGAGGAACAUGAACGAUGGGGUCAAGGACAAUGGACUCACACUUAAAGGAUUCCUGUUCCUUCACACACUCUUCAUCCAGAGGGGACGCCAUGAGACCACGUGGACUGUCCUGAGGAGAUUUGGAUAUGAUGAUGACCUGGAGCUAACACAGGAAUACCUCUUCCCAAUUAUAAAGAUCCCUCCAGAUUGCACCACUGAACUCAACCACAACGCUUACCUCUUCCUCCAAAGUGUCUUUGACAAACAUGACAAAGACAGAGAUUGUGCUCUGUCUCCAGAAGAGGUGAAGGACCUAUUCAAAGUCUUCCCUUACAUGCCCUGGGGACCUGACGUGAACAACACCGUCUGCACUAAUGAUCAGGGGUGGAUCACAUACCAGGGAUACCUCUCUCAGUGGACGCUUACAACCUAUUUAGAUGUGCAGCGUAGUUUAGAAUAUCUGGGCUAUCUGGGAUACUCCAUCAUCUAUGAACAGGAGUCUCAGGCAGCUGCUAUCACAGUAACUCGUAACAAGCGUAUUGACCUGCAAAAGAAACAGACCCAGCGUAGUGUUUUCCGUUGCAAUGUGUUGGGAGCAAAAGGCAGUGGCAAAAGUGGCUUUCUUCAGGCCUUUCUGGGCAGGAAUCUUCAGCGACAGAGGCGCAUUAGGGAAGACCACAAGUCUUUCUACGCAAUCAGCACAACAUACGUCUACGGUCAGGAGAAAUACUUGCUGCUCCAUGAGGUGAUGCCAGACUUUGACUUCCUUUCGGAGGCUGAUUUGGCCUGUGAUGUUGUUUGCCUGGUUUAUGACGUCAAUAAUCCUCACUCUUUUGAAUAUGCUGCCAAAGUCUACAAGCAAUACUUUAUAGAUAGCAAGACACCCUGUGUUUUUAUCGCUGCCAAGUCUGACCUGCAUGAAGUCCGCCAGCACUACAGUCUGACCCCGCAUGACUUCUGUCGCAAACAUAAACUCCACCCACCCCAGCCAUUCACAUGCAACACAUCCGACGCACCCGGCAAAGAGAUAUAUACAAGACUUACUACUAUGGCCAUGUAUCCACACAUGGCACAAGCUGACCUGAAGAACUCUACGUUCUGGCUGCGGGCGAGUGUUGGUGCCACAGUGUUUGCCGUGCUGGGCUUUGCUGUGUACAGAGCACUGGUGAAACAGCGGUGAGGAGACAUUCCCCCCUGCCCUUCCCCACCUCUCCCAUGGGCGCCUGUGCCUCCAUCAUAAAGGACUGACCACCCACCGUACUCCAUCUGUGCUUUUCUUUCUGAUGCAUCAUGAACAGAGCAAAAAGACAUUACACCACAUACAAAACUGUUUGGCUUUAUGGGGAAAAGGGUUGGUUACUUUUGAUAUAUUACGAGCCCUUAAAUCUAUUUGUACAUGCUUUCUCCUUAUCCAUAUGGAUGUUUCUUCCUCAGUGUUAUUAGAUAAAACUUGAGAGGUGACCUGAAAGGUCGUCACAAAGUUUAUAAAUAUGUAUAUGCAGUAUAUAAAUAUAAAUAUAUAUGUACUCUGCUGUUACAGGCCUGGGCCGUAGAUUUCAGAAAAUUUCUCUUCCCCAGCAGCAGCAACAACAAAGGUCCUGGGUGUCAAGCACUGUUUAUUUGUAUGUUCAUUAAUUUAUUAAUAUUAGGUUUCUUUGUUGUCUGUCAAAAUGCCUGUUUUCGUCACAAAAGACGAAUAAAGGGAUAUAAUUUUUCAUGUUUUUUGUAUGAUAUGAUUUGAAUUUUACUUUAUUACUUAGGCCUGUCACGAUAAUUACUAUAUCAACAUCAUUCAACAUAUGAAAGCUAGAACAAUAUUUUUUGUUCUAGCUUCAGUUUUUAUCGUGUGCACAAUUUCUUUGCAUUAGUAGGAAAUCUUUGGUUAUUUUUACUUAAUUAUGAACUUCUAUGAUUCAUUACAGAUGCAAACUAAGUACUAAAGUUUGUUUCUGCCAUUUAUUUAUUGUAGCUCAUGUUUUUUUGGUUUUUUUUAGCAAUACUGUACAUUUAUAAUAGUUUUGUGGUAUAAAUCUGGUUAUUGCGUCGACGGCAUAAAUUAGUUGCAAUAUUAUCGCUCAUUCUCGAUAUUUACUAUUGCACUUCAAAAUGUGUUAUUGUGACAAGCCUAUUAUUACUUUUAGCCACAGAAGUAAUUUUUAACUGAUCAGGUACAACAUGAUGUCACAAACUGACCAUUGCAGAUCUCUGGCAUGUUUAGCUAUCGCUCAUAUGCCCUAUACAUUAACUUUCAAAAUUUUUAAAAAUGUCUACUUGCCCGAUAAAUCCAGCCUAAGAACAGGUGCUAAGAAGAGAUCAUUGUUUUUGUAUGUCAGUGAUCAUGUUAAGUCAUGAUGGCUUGAUCAGUACAUUUUAUUAGAUCUCAUAGAUUAGACUAAAUUUAUAGAUACCUAGUGCGUUUAUCUUCUAUCAGAGCCAUGUGUUUUAGGUCAUGUUUACAGUAUCAUUUACAAUAAACAGUAUAAACAUACAGCUUCGAUCUUGAACUAUUGCU